UGCUUCCUCUUAGGCUCGUGUCAGGAUCUAUUCCCAGCAGUCUCUAGAGGCCUAGGUCAACGAUUGCGGGUUGAAAUCGAGCCUAGAUCCUAGUGUGUGGAUUCCGGAUUCCACUUGUAUGAUUCCGGAUUCCAAGCCUCAUUUUUAAUGUAGUUGGGAUUAUCGGAUAUAACCAAAAUGCACAAAUAAGAAGUCAAUGCAUUGACAAUUUUUUAUAAAUUUCAACUUCUGAAACUUCUGAAAUCCUUAUAAAUCAGGGAAACGUUGCGUGACGGGAAACUAAAAGCGGCUGCGAUGCGAGGAGACUAGUGUUUUCUGGGUCUCCUGUGUUUUUCUUUAUUCCAGCUUUCACAUCGCGGGCUCAGAUUUAAACAAUGCGCGCCAACUUCAAAAACACCGUCGAUUUCAAGCUGAUUUCAAGAAAAUGUGUACAGAAUUUGCGGUGAAAAAUAUGAUCAUUUAACAUUGAUAACACCACUCAGCCAUAAUGAAUAGAGGGAAGUCAUCACUUAAGUUGAAUAACGGAUCGAGAAACGCCAAAAAGAAGAAUAUCAGUGUCACUAUAGGCAAGACAUCAUACUGUGGUUCACCAGAACAACAUAAGGACAGAAGCCUAUACAGAGCAGUUCUCAAAGACAGUGCAACCAAGCAUGGAGCAGCACCGAACACUUUGCUAGCACCCUCUACUAGACCCUUUAGAACAGCUACUAGCCGCAAGAACAGUGAUGAGUUUGAAUUCCGCUGUUCAUUUGACAGCGAUGAAGAGAACAGUCCAGAAAUUGAAAUCCCACCUACCCAGCCAGUCACAGAGGAGCAAAUAUUGACAGGUGUUGUUGCCUUUAUUGAUGUUAGAUCCAAUACAGAGAAUCGAUUUGAUGGUAUUUCCAAACAGAUGGAGCUAUUAGGUGCAACAGUUGUCAGAAAGUUUAUUCCUGAAGUUACUCAUGUGAUUUUCAAGGACGGUAAGAAGGCAACAAGGGAGAAAGCCUUAAAGAAAGGCAUCCACCUUGUGACUGUACUGUGGGUGGAAAGUUGCCGUGAGACGGGAAAGCGUGUGGCUGAGGAACUGUUCCCUGUUAUUGCACAAGAUGAACUCAGCACGCCUCUACUGAUGGGAAAGCUGAAAAGAACCAAGUCCAUGCAGCCAAAAUCAUUUGAAGAAGAUGUCAAGAAUAGUGCAGAAAAAGAGAAAAGAAGACGUAGGCUUACAGGAAAAAGGAACUCACCAGCCACAACUAGUCUCGACGAGAUUUUUGGUGUCGAGGGUGUCACCUCACUGAGUCCUUUGUUGCUUGGUUCACCUCUCAUCGCUGGGGUUAUCCCGGAUUCGCCACCAAUGCGCACACCCAUCGCGGAGGAAGCUAGCGAUGUCGAAGAUGGUUCCCCAGCCGUGGACCCGACCAUAAAGCGUCUCAAAUUCGAUGAUUCAAGUAAUAAUGAGACGAGUGAGCCAAAAGGACUGGGGACGAAUGAGACAAAAGGAAGUAGGCGGUCCACCAGGAAUCCCAAUCAAUCCCCUGCUGAGACCGCGCGGACGCCCAUUACCAAGAAAACGCCAGCUGACAUGUUACAGACAGGUUCUGGUCCUCAGAAGAAAAGAAAACGAGGCAAUGUACCCCAACACUUGGAUGCAUCUGAAUCCGACUCGAAUAUCAGCGUCGCCAAGAAACCCAAAAAUGCAGUCAAAGAUCUCAUCAUAACACCUGUACUGGACGAGGAAAACGCCGCGAAAAAUACAAGAGGAAGCGGAAAAAGGGGAAGAGCUAAAUCUGUUGGAGGAGCGGCCAAGACUGGGGAAUUCCUGGAAACUCCUGGUCACCAGGACGACCAGGAAAUAGAACAUGCAGGAGGUAGAGCCAAGAAACUAAAACUGGCAAGGGGUAGAGGUAGACCGAGGGCGAAGUCUACGGCAACAACAGGCACAGAAGUCGAGUUUGCCAAUAAAGAAAUGACAGCAAGAAAUAUCGAAGCCAACAAUGUCGGAUCGUCAAGCUUGGAAAAUCUGGAACCAAGAGACAAUCGGAAUGAACGGAAUUCGGGACGUGCAACGGGACGCGUAACGGGACUUGAUUCGGAACUCGACGUGUACGGCGAAGACAGCGCAUCGGACUCGGGGGUGUCUGUCAGCGAGAGAGAGUCGCGAAUGAAAAAAGGAGGAACCGAGAAUAAACUCCCGGAGCGGAAAAAGAAAUUCAACAAGACGGCGUCGCUCGUUGGACAAAAGCCCCAUUCGGCUGCAGGGGAGGAUCAUUGGAGUGGGAUGGAAUGGGAAGAAGGGGGAGCAAUGGAAAAAGGCGAAGCUGUCGAAAAGACCUUAACCAAACUAUCGAACCCAGGAUUUACGCAAAGUAUGAAGACAGCGAUGCAAAGUGUUAAUGACUUUGAGGAGAAGGAAACAGUCGAAACAGGAGUGAAUAAGCGGGGUUUAGAUAGAAAACAAGUAGGAAAGGAAUCCAAGGGCAAAGAAGUUCAGAAAAAGAAGAUAACCAAACAAGAUAAUGAUCAUGAAGUUGGCGGAACAGUAGAUAUAGGCGGCGACUCUGCGAAGAUUCUGAAUACAAGGAUAGCAAAGACCAAGAGAGAACCGAAACAAACACGGAAAAAGAAAACGCCAGUCAGUUGUACGGAAGACGAAACCCCAGAGAUUGAGUAUGGGGGCGAUGUUAGUCGUACAACAGACUAUACGGCGUCGUCUAGUGAUGAACAUACAGUAAGCACUGAAGACGAGGGUCGGAGUGAUAGAGUGAGGAAAGGGUUGAAAACUAGGCGAGCGAAGGCGCUGCGGAAGACGAAAGAAAGCACUACAAGUCGAACAAAGCCCCGACGAUCGAUGGUUCUUACAAGUAUGCACUUUGGGGAGCAAGAUAUUGUUGUUUCUGUGGUACGUAAGCUCGGAGGGUUUUACAUCGCAGAUAAAGCCGGCGCCAACACCACGCACGUGAUAGCAGGAAGCCCAAGACGGACGCUUAAUGUGCUGAGGGCGAUCGCACAGGGAUGCUGGCUUGUCUCGCCUGAGUGGGUGAUGAAGUCCCUUGAGGCUGGGUAUUGGGUUGAUGAGGAACCUUACGAACUGGCAGACGACUUCCCCGCAGCUCAGCUGUCAAGGUUAGAGCGGGUGAGCUCCGGACCGUGUUUUCGCCAAGAGCUCUUCAAAGAAAUGGAGCCUAUUUUCGUGGCGGAAGACACGUCGCCUCCCAGAGACGAAUUAAUACACCUUAUCACACUGUGUGGAGGCAACGUCUGUACGUCCAUCAGGAGUGCAGGCUUGUGCGUUGGCAAGGUCAACAGAAGGAUCGACACGUCCAACGUCACUGAGGCCUGGGUACUAGACUCGAUAACAGAGCACUCCGUACUGUCAUUCUGUACGUACGCCUUGAACUCACCGGCGCGGAGCAGGAGAGAGGAGAGUCCCACCUACUAGCACCUCCAGUAGGUCGUACUAGGAAUAAUCUACUUUUAGAUACUAUAAAAUAGUUGCUGUAACUAGCGCUGCUUCAACCUACCUGACUACCAAGCAGGUCCACCACGCCAAUGCCACCCCGCCCCGCCCCUCCCCUCCCCUCCCCUCCCAACCAUCACAUCCAUUCGUUCAAAAAAGGGGUAUGAUUAGAACCUCAAACAGAAACUGGUUAUUCAGGAUUUUCCGCCAACAGACCUUAACUGGUUAUUCAGGAUUUUCCGCCAACAGACCUUAACUGGUUAUUCAGGAUUUUCCGCCAACAGGCCUUAACUGGUUAGUCAGGAUUUUCCGCCAACAGACCUUAACUGGUUAUUCAGAUUUUCGCGCUAUUUCAAAAUGAGCUAAAACUCCAUUAGAAUAUUCGUAUCCAGCUGGGGCGUCACAUGUCCGGUAAAUAUGGGUUGGUGGAUAAGAUGGGCGCUAUAAGUAGGAAUGGAUCAUAUUCAUUAUUUUUAAUCUAGUAUUAUAAAUACUAUGGGCUAUGAUUGAGUAUUUGAUGCUCCACCUGCCAGUUGAUUCCCUGCUAGCGGAGGCCUCUUUUCUCUGUAUUUCGCUGGGCUGGAGUUCGCGAGGAAAAGAUGCCUCUGCCAUGGGUCGCAAGUUUGUUUGAUCAAACCGCCGUCCACGAUCGUGGACGGGAGAUCCAGAACGCAUGCUCCGUUCCAUUAAUUAUUGGCCACUAUUUGAGCCCACAAUGUCUAGCGCAUGCUUGAAACGUAUAUCCGCUGCGGGAUAAUAAGCCCGCAUUCGAAACGGCGUCCUCCGUAGAAAUAUCACGCGACGAAUUAUAAAAGAAGCC